UUGAUGAUUCUAUGAUUUUUUGUCUAUCGUUAUAGUCUAUUUAUUAUAGUACACUAUGAUUUCACGGACAACCGUUAUGAAUUUAUGAAUAUAUAAAGUUUUCCAUCAAAUUCAUUAACAGUAUGCUUCUAAAGUCAUCCGAUGUAGGCAGCAGUUGUUUGUUUAUUUUCACGCAUGACUUCAACAUGCGAAAGCUACCAAAAGGGUAACGAUGUAACCUCAAAGGUCACCACCAAAAUUCUACCAAAACAUACCAAUCGAAAGCAGUUGGCUUGUUUUCAUCCUUUAAAAUGAGCAAUAUUGACGAGUGGGUUCAUAAUGCGAAUGAAUGUAUAUCAAUUGUUCAAAAAAAUGAGAAGGGUGAUGUCGACUGUGAAUUCCAUCCUACUUUUACUUACAGUAUUUUUGGAGACUCGGAAGUUCUAUACGGCUACAAAAACCUUAACAUCGAGAUUCAAUAUAUAUCUCCUUCAAUGAAGCCACAGCUAAAAGUUACGUGUUCUGAUCGACUUGCUCCAGAAUCAGGAGUGGAACCAACAAACGUCGAUAAAACGUUGUCAAAAUACUUGAGGGAUGAUCGGGUUCCAGAAAGCUUGGAGCCGGUUGAUGUUCGUAAUAUCCCGGUCGCUGAGACUUAUUCUUUUGAUGAACGAAAAUUCUGUAUAUUAAAGAGUAAACCUAGUGACCUAGCUGCAAUAAUGCAGUAUUUGCAAAUUUUUUCUCUAUUCUUUAUCGAGGGUGGCUCUUUUAUUGAUAUAUUUGAUCCUAAAUGGACUAUUUAUUUAUUAUAUGAAAUAAAAGAGGAACAGUAUUGUUUACGAGGGUAUUGUACCGUUUAUCACUAUUACAAAUGGGAUAAGACGAGAACGGAUGGUGAGCGUCCUCGCAUUUCUCAGUUUGUGAUAUUUCCUCCUUUUCAAAGAGAAGGCCAUGGUUCUAGACUUUACAAUACCAUUGUAAAUAUAUUCCUAGAGGAUCCAAAAAUUCUUGAGUUCGCAGUGGAGGACUCAUCUGAGGCAUUUGACGACCUUCGUGAUCGUUGUGAUUUCCAGCGACUGAAAUCCAUGAAUAUAUUUACUAGUCCAGAGUUCCGUUUGCCUCUAUCAAAGGAAUGGUUGCACUCGCAAAGAUCAGCCACUAAACUACCACCGCGCCAGUUUCUUCGUUGUUGCGAGAUUGCUCUUACCAUGAAAAUGAAGGAUUUAUCCCUGUUAGAAAGAAAAGCGCUUCGUCUCUUGAUCAAGGAAAGAAUCUUUCGCCAGAACCUUGACGUUUUGCUUCAGCUAGACCGUUCGGAUCGUCUUGACAAAAUUCAAGGAGCCUACCAAAAUCAACUUGAUGAAUACAAAAAGAUUGCAAAAAAGCUUCCAAAAUUAUUGAAAGAAGGAUCUCGGAAGCGACAAAAAACUAAAUAGGAAACUCAAUAAUAGUGAAAUGGUUUAAAUGUGUAAAUUUACUCUAUUCAAUUGUUUUCAGAAUCUUUCAUUUUACCACUUUAAGUCAUAAGUCAUAAGUCAUAUAGUUGAUUUAUUUUCAGUAGUUACCUUUUAUUAGUCUAGCUAUCAGCUUG